GCGCCGCCGACCCCACGGUGUCCCGGGACGUGUGGAUGGUGGGCAUGGGCAUCCUGAUGUCGGUGAUCGUGCUGGCCAUCGUCUUCGGCAACGUGCUGGUGAUCACGGCCAUCGCCCGCUUCCAGCGCCUGCAGACCGUCACCAACUACUUCAUCACCUCGCUGGCCUGCGCCGACCUGGUCAUGGGGCUGGCCGUGGUGCCCUUCGGCGCCUGCCACAUCAUCAUGGAGAUGUGGAAGUUUGGGAACUUCUGGUGCGAGUUCUGGACCUCUUUGGACGUGCUGUGCGUCACGGCCAGCAUCGAGACCCUGUGCGUCAUCGCCGUGGACCGGUACUUCGCCAUCACCUCCCCGUUCAAGUACCAGAGCCUGCUGACCAAGGGCAAGGCGCGCGUGGUCAUCCUGGUGGUGUGGGUGGUGUCGGGCCUGACCUCCUUCCUGCCCAUCCAGAUGCACUGGUACCGGGCAGAGCACGAGGACGCCAUCCGCUGCUACGAGAACGAGAUGUGCUGCGACUUCUUCACCAACCAAGCCUACGCCAUCGCCUCCUCCAUCAUCUCCUUCUACGUGCCCCUCGUCAUCAUGGUCUUCGUGUACGCCAGGGUCUUCCAGGUGGCCAAGAAGCAGCUGCAGAAGAUAGACAGGAGCGAGGGGAGGUUUCACACCCAGAACAAGGAGCAGGAGCAGAAAGGAGGAGCCGGGAACCGCCGCUCCUCCAAGUUCUUCUUGAAGGAGCACAAGGCCCUCAAAACCCUGGGCAUCAUCAUGGGCACCUUCACGCUGUGCUGGCUGCCCUUCUUCAUCGUCAACAUCGUGCACGUCAUCCAGGACAACAUCAUUCCCAAGUACGUGUACAUCCUCUUGAACUGGCUGGGCUACAUCAACUCUGCCUUCAACCCCCUGAUCUACUGCCGGAGCCCCGACUUCAGGUACGCCUUCCAGGAGCUGCUGUGCCUGCGCAGGUCCGCCCUGAAGAUGUACGCGAACGGCUACUCCAACAGCAACGGCAGGAGCGACUACAACGAGGAGGAGAACGGCUACCCCCUGGCCACGGAUAAAACCUGCCACUUGCUCUGCCAGGAGGGCUCCUUCCCUCAUGCCGAGGACUUUUUGCACGGCAAAGAGAUCCCUGGAUGUCCAGGAAUGGUGGAGAGCUGAAUGAUCCAACCUCUGUUCCUCACCACCCUGAGCUCACGAGGGCUCUGGAGAGAUGGAGUGGGAGCAUGGCCUCGCUUCCCUGAGCCAGGGGAUGCUGUGGGAAGUGAUUGCCUUGGCAAAGGUCCUCAUCCCAACCCAUCACCCAUCGUGCAGCACCUCCAGGAGAAGCUGAGGAAGGACAACCAAGGGACCAGGAGAGGCUCUGAGAGCCUUGGAGGGCACCAGGAGAGAAGCUGCAGGAACUGAAGGAGUUCAGUCCAAACCAUGACAAAAGGUGCCAAGGGGUUAUUUUUCCCCUUGGAAAACCCUUUCCAAAAGGGAGCACCAGGCCCACGUGUGGUCUCCAGCUGGUUUGGAAGGGGCAGAUCUCACAGCCAGCUCAGGAGCCCAGCAGGACGUGCUCAUGGCAGCCUGUCCAUGGGCUGGGUGGGGAUCCAGGUGGAACAGGAAUCUGUCCAAGACCAAGAGAGAGGAGCACGAAAGAAUCCUUCAAUUUAUUCUGUGCUUGUUUCUCCUUCUGGUGUCUUCUCUGUCUACCUCUUCUUCUCUAGAGAGCACGGGGGGCCCUGACUGUCACAGCAGAAGGAUUGGCACUGGGCAGGAAUGUGGCCUUUGUUCGCUCCUUGCUCCAAAAAAUCUCCAACUGUCCUGCCUGGACCAGAGCCAUUGGAAAGGCUGGGACCUGACAAUCCGUUUCCUUGCAGGAAGUCACAUUUUAGCAGGACCAGCCACCCUUGGGAGCCAAGAUUUCCCACCUGAGGCUCAAAAUAUGACAGAACAUCCAUCCCUCUCCUGCAGCUGUGGCAAGGGGCACGCUGAGCUCCUGACUUUGGAUUGAUGAAAACUCAUUAAACAGCGAAAGAGAUGGAGGGACUUAGGGUGUCAGGCAGAACACAGCAGGAAAACCUGACUGAAAACCAUAAAAAUUGUGCACCUUGGACUGGCAGGUGGUGGUGGUGGCCCAGCUGCUGCUCUGUGGUCACUGAGCUGCUCCCAGACCUGGGCAGGACGUGCUGGUACUGAACUGUGGGAGCCCCAUCUCAGACCUUCCCUCUUGGGCUUCCAGCUUCCAGAACCUUCCCCUCAAGUGCAAUCCUAUUUAUUUAUUUAUUGUCUCACUGCUUGAUGUGAAGCUGCUAAAGGAGCCCCCUCCCCACAACAGCCAGGUGUGUGUGAGGGCACUGAGAGAGGGGCAGGACACAGGGACAGCUCCCAGAACACCAGGAGUGUGCUCCUGGAGAAGGGGUCCUGCUCUGGUGGGGGCAUUGGUGAUCUCGGUGGUCUUUAAGGUUCCUUCCAACCAAAACAAUUCUGUGGUUCUGUAAGAUCUGAGAAGGAUCAUCCCCAUCCCUGGGA